GGUUAUAGGUGCAAUAGCUCUUCUCUGCCUGUUAGGAUUGACCUGGGCCUUUGGACUCAUGUAUAUUAAUGAAAGCACAGUCAUCAUGGCGUAUCUCUUCACCAUUUUCAAUUCUCUACAGGGAAUGUUUAUAUUCAUUUUCCAUUGUGUCCUGCAGAAGAAGGUACGAAAAGAGUAUGGGAAAUGCCUGCGCACGCAUUGCUGUAGUGGGAAAAGUACGGAGAGUUCCAUUGGCUCAGGGAAAACGUCUGGCUCCCGAACUCCAGGACGCUACUCUACAGGCUCACAGAGCCGAAUUCGUAGAAUGUGGAAUGACACUGUUCGAAAGCAGUCAGAGUCAUCUUUUAUUACUGGGGAUAUAAACAGUUCAGCAUCACUCAACAGAGAGGGGCUUCUGAACAAUGCCAGGGAUACAAGUGUCAUGGAUACUCUACCACUGAAUGGUAACCAUGGCAAUAGUUACAGCAUCGCCAGCGGCGAAUACCUGAGCAACUGUGUGCAAAUAAUAGACCGUGGCUAUAACCACAACGAGACCGCCUUAGAGAAAAAGAUUCUGAAGGAACUCACUUCCAACUACAUCCCUUCCUACCUGAACAACCACGAGCGCUCCAGCGAGCAGAACCGGAAUCUGAUGAACAAGCUGGUGAACAACCUGGGGAGUGGGAGUGAAGAUGACGCCAUUGUCCUGGACGACGCCACUUCCUUUAACCACGAGGAGAGUUUGGGCCUGGAACUCAUUCAUGAGGAAUCCGACGUGCCCUUGCUGCCCCCAAGGGUUUACUCCACCGAGAACCACCAGCCACUUCACUAUACCAGAAGGCGGAUCCCCCAAGACCACAGCGAGAGCUUCUUCCCUUUGCUGACCAACGAGCACACGGAAGAGCUGCAGUCACCCCACAGGGACUCUCUCUACACUAGCAUGCCGGCCCUGGCCGGUGUGCCCAACGACAGCGUCACCACCAGCACCCAGACCGAGCCCCAGGCCGCCAAAGGUGCUGAUGCCGAAGACGUUUACUACAAAAGCAUGCCAAACCUGGGCUCCAGAAACCACGUGCAUCAGCUGCACACCUACUACCAGCUGGGCCGUGGCAGCAGUGAUGGCUUUAUUGUUCCUCCGAACAAGGACGGGACCUCUCCCGAGGCCAGUGCAAAGGGACCUGCGCAUCUGGUCACUAGCCUAUAGAAGAUGACACAGACAGGAAGCAACAAAACUGCUAACACCUUGUUGACUGUUCUUCUGAGUUGAUAUAAGCAGUGGUAAUCAUGUGUGUACUCCUAAAUCUUUAUGCUGUUCUCAAAAGACAAACACAAACUCUCAGACUUUAUUAUAUUCUUUUUAAAAAAAAAAAAAAAAAACUGGGAUUUUUAGUCAGCCCAGGGGAGAACGAUAACUGCUGAAAUUCCCCCUGUGCCCUUAUCCUUUCUGGUCCUCCUUCCCCUCAGAUGGAGACUUCAUUAUGUUAAUGAAUGAGAUAUGAAGAAAAAUGGCGCUCAUUGUGGCCUUGUUGAAUUCUGUUGUGUUUGUUUUAACAUCUCUGAUGCUCUGUUACUAUAAUGACAAGGACCUGAUUUUUUUUUUUAAAAGGCCAGAACAAUUGUUUGGGAUUAGUAACAAUGCUGCAUCUAGAUUGGAGUGCUGCACAAAUGUAAAAGCAAAGCCAAACUGUACUGCAUUAGUGGUUUAUGGUCACUCACAACCUGAAUUCACCACAGCAGAAAUAGCUGUGAAAAACAAAAUAAACAACAAAAUAAAUAAUCAAAUGGAGGGGAAUUCUAGAAUUAUAUGCUAAAUGCAUAUUUUAUGAUUUGUUGUAUUAACUGAUGAUAAAACUAAUGGCAGAAAAAAAUUGAACAAUUUCUAUGUAAUGUACAGAUACUAGCAUUGCACACAUAGGCUGCUUUCUGUUCCUCCAGAAUUUCAGUCCUGUUAAUGUAGUGGGAAAAAAAAGAAAUUUCCUUUUUCUUUUGUGCUAGUCUUGCAAGUUUGUCUACCAGUAAAAGAGCAAAGUUUCCUUCCUUUUUUCAUUUUCUUUUAAUUUUGUUCCAUUUUUUUUCUUUUAAAAUUUCACCUGGC